AUACUAAAAUAUUUGAUUGCCAAACUGUCAUUUGAAAUUAUAUUCCUUUAAAAAUACCUUUGAAAUUAUUUAUAUAAAACGAUAAAAUGAAUCACUCUGCGGCUUAUAUGGAGAACUUUGAGCAUCCCCAUGGUGUCUUCCUGCCACCCUACCUAACCGUACCGAUGGAGAGCUCCUAUAAUCAGGGCUUGGUCUUCCAGGGCUUGGAAUCGCAGCAGACCCUAAUUCCGGAUAACACUUCUCCGUGCCUUCCCGAGGAGAUAAUCGUCAUCCAAAGAGAGUCCCAGUCGAACAAUACCUUCUGGAUUGCAGUUAGCGGCUAUGAAAUCGAAAGAGCCUACAUAGUCUAUCGGUUCUUCCACGACAUAGGCCUCAUUGUGGGCAAGAGCUUCACCGAAACUAACACCAUGUAUUUGAAGUACCUCAGUGUGUUGGACUGCGAAAUAGCCCUGAGCUACGAUGGCCAAAGGAUCGGCUAUGGCGGCGAUAUCCGGGUGAUUGUAAAGCUGGAGAAUCCUGUUACCAAAAGUUGCAUCAUUAGAGCUCUGGAGGAGUGCUGCGAAAAGCAAGCUGAAGUCCCAACUCCAAUCGAUGCUAGCAUCGAUGUGGAGGACGAAAGUGAAGCCGCGGAUGUGGUGCCACAAAAUCAAGUAGAGAUUGAAAGUAUUUUGGAGGAUCAGACUGAAGUCAAAUACAAAAGGGAUAGCCUUUUGCAGUGGUUCAAGGAAAAGUUGGCUUAUGUGUUCUAUUUUUACUAGGAUUUCUGUUCAUAGUUUAUGCCAUUUAGCCAUUAUGUGUUUUGGUAAAUAAAUUAACAAAAAAGUUCGAGUAGAACCACUAUAUAUUGGAUACAGCUAACCGAUAUUGGCCAAAAUACGAAUGCGUUUCAGGAAUUAUUUUUUAAUAUCUCAGUCGCAUUGAAUCCAAUCCAUCGAUCCAAUCCACAUCCAAAUACUAUUGAGAAACAAAAUGGAAACUCUUAAAAAUAUCCGUCAAUUUAUAUGAUAGUAUAGGGAAUAAAAAAAAUUACACCCAA